UUCGCUUCGAUCGUUAAGCGGUCGGGAGGUACGAGGCUCUGGACUGGCUCUGGGCUCUGGAUUAUGGUCAACUCUACUUCAGCACCUCUGUUUCAGUGGCUACCAUGGAGAUUCUCAAAUGAUGCAGUUCACAUUUGGACUCAGUACAGUCUAGUUAUUGCUGGGUUUGUAUUAGCCGUUGUAACGUUACUGAGCCAACUUAAGAAACCUGCACCUUAUGGACGACACCAGAAAGAAGACAGUGGCUGGGGGCCACUAAUACCUCAACGAAUAGCUCACACAAUAUCCGACUUCUCUGCACUUUUCACCUUUACUUUGGUAUUUUUUCUUGUUGGCAGUUCAAGAUCGAAAGGGUAUUGCAAUUAUGUAUUCCUGACUUUGUGGCUGCUCCAUUAUGUGCACAGAGCAUUAAUUCAUCCAUGGAUUAUGCGAUACAGCAGCAGGAGUGUGCCAGUGGGGAUUGCAUUAGGUACCGUGUUACCAAACCUACUCUAUCCUGGUACUAAUGGAGACUGGACUGGCACUGCAGUAUAUGAUGACAAUUACUAUUACGAUCCACGUUUUAUCAUUGGAAUUGUUCUGUAUAUUAUCGGAUAUGUCAUUAACAAGCAUGCUGACCUGAAGUUGAGAAGUCUACGUAACAGAGGUGGCUCCAGCUAUUCCAUUCCAAGAGGAGGAUUGUUUGAGUAUAUCUCAUGUCCGAACUACUUUGGAGAACUUUUGGAAUGGCUUGGAUGGACCAUUGCUACUUGGUCACUUGCAGGUCUUGUCUGGCUACUUUUCACAAUGGCUACCUUUAUACCUCGUGCAAGACAUAACCAUCAGUGGUAUCAACAUCUUUUUGAAGAUUAUCCAUCUCAAAGGAAGGCUCUCAUCCCCUGUGUAUACUGAUCGAUAAUUGAUAACCAAUGAGCAUGUAACUUAACAAACUCAAAGGUGACAAGGCUGACUGUUUGUAAACAGGUUAU